AUGUCUUCACGAUCAGAGGAGGAGCUGUCCUGUCCGAUCUGUCAGGAGAUCUAUAAGAGGCCUGUGCUUUUGUCCUGCAGCCACAGCGUCUGUGAGCUCUGUCUGAAGAGCUGGUGGAGAGAGAAGCCCACAAAGGAGUGUCCUGUUUGUAAGAGAAGAUCCUCCAGGAGCGAUCCUCCACAGAACCUGGCUUUGAGGAACCAGUGUGAGGCCUAUGUACAGCAGGGAGAGAACAAGGCUCCAGAAAAACAAGAGGAGCUGUCCUGUCCGAUCUGUCAGGAGAUCUAUAAGAGGCCUGUGCUUUUGUCCUGCAGCCACAGCGUCUGUGAGCUCUGUCUGAAGAGCUGGUGGAGAGAGAAGCCCACAAAGGAGUGUCCUGUUUGUAAGAGAAGAUCCUCCAGGAGCGAUCCUCCACAGAACCUGGCUUUGAGGAACCUGUGUGAGGCCUAUGUACAGCAGGGAGAGAACAAGGCUCCAGAAGAACAUGUGUGUCCACUGCACUCAGAGAAACUUCGGCUCUUCUGUCUGACUGACCAGCAGCCUGCCUGCCUGGUGUGCCGAGACUCUAAAGUUCAUGAAGACCACCGCUUUAGGCCCAUAGUAGAAACAGCACAGGAGCUCAGACAGGAGCUGGACCAGUCCCUGCUGCCUCUGAAGGAACACCUAGAGAAGACUAAGGACGUUCAAAACAAUCUUUUGGCCAUUACAGAGCGUAUAAAGGAUCAGGCUCAGGAUGCACAGAAGCAGAUCUGUGAUGAGUUUAAGAAGAUGCACCAGUUUCUGGAGGAGGAAGAGGAGGCCCGGCUGAAGGCUCUGAGGGAGGAAGAGGAGCAGAAGAUUCAGAAGAUGAAGGACAAGAUGGAGGCUGUGAGCAGAGAGAUAGAAGCUCUGUCAGAAACCAUCAGAGCCACAGAGGAGCAGCUGAGAGCCGCAGACGUCUCCUUCCUGCUCCAGUACAAGGCUGCAGUGGAGAGAGUGCAGCGCUGCCCCCUGCUGGACGAACCGCAGCUGGGCCCAGGAACUCUGAUAGACCAGGCCAAACAUCUGGGCAACCUGGCCUUCCACAUCUGGAGCAGCAUGAAGACGAUGGUGCACUAUUCUCCUGUUGUUCUGGAUCUAAACACUGUCGGAAAUGAAAUCAUGUUGGACGAUGUGACCAGCUGGACACUGAAAAAAAAAAAUAAGAACAGUGAAUUAGGUGUUUGCUCUGAUGGUUACAGUUCAGGCUCUCACAGCUGGAUUGUAGAAGUGGGAGACAGUGACAGCUGGGUAACUGGAGUUACCACCAAAAAUGCCAAUGAUGAUGGUGAUGGCAGUGAUCAUGGUGAUAGUGGAGAAGAUGUGGAUGAUGGAUGGGCUAUAAGUUUGUCUAAAGGCAAAUAUAAAACACACAACAAUGACGAAGACAGUGUUAAUCUCAAACUAACACCACGUCCUCGAAGGAUCAGAGUCCUUCUUGAUUGUGACAAACAUGAAGUGAGUUUUUAUGACUUAGACACUGACGCUCUCCUUCACUCUUUCACACAGAUCAGCUCCGAGAAACUGUUCUCACAAUCUGUCAUCAGAACUGACAGUGUACUGAAUCAGAUGAAAGUUGUGCUGGAACAAAUAGGACAAAAGUAA